CGCGAGCAGCAGCUGCAGCAGGAGCUGCUGACCCUGAAGCAGAAGCAGCAGAUCCAGCGGCAGAUCCUCAUCGCCGAGUUCCAGCGGCAGCACGAGCAGCUGUCCCGCCAGCACGAGGUCCAGCUCCAGGAACACAUUAUGCAGCAACAAGAGCUUCUGGCUUUGAAGCACCAGCAGGAGCUGCUGGAGCAUCAGAGGAAGAUGGAGAACCACCGUCUGGAGCAGGAGCUGGAGAAGCAGCAGAGGGAGCAGAAGCUGCUGCUGCUGAAGAACAAGGAGCGGGGACAGGAGAGUGCGGUGGCGAGCACAGAGGUGAAGAUGCGGCUCCAGGAGUUCGUCCUGAACAAGAAGAAGGCCCUGGCCCAGCGGAGCCUCAACCAAGGAGGCCUCCACAACGACGCUCCCUACUGGUACCGCAAAACCCAGCACAGCUCUCUGGACCAGAGCUCGCCUCCACAGACUGGUGUGUCCACCUACAACCACCCUGUGCUGGGUGUCUACAACCCCCGGGAUGACUUCCCGCUGCGAAAGACUGCCUCGGAGCCCAACCUGAAGCUGCGCUCCCGGCUGAAGCAGAAGGUGAGCGAGCGGAGGAGCAGUCCGCUGCUGCGACGCCGAGACAGCCCCAUCACCACCGCCAAGAAGCGCUCGCUCGACAUGGCAGACUCUGCGUGUAGCAGCGCCCCCGGCUCGGGCCCAAGCUCCCCAAAUAACAGCUCCAACAACAUCCCCAAUGAGAACGGCAUCAGCAUCUCCAACAACACGGAGGCGUCUCUGGCCCAGAGGCUGUGCAGCGGUGCUGAGCGGUGCUCCGUUAACCAGCUGUCCCUCUACACUUCGCCAUCGUUGCCCAACAUCACCCUGGGGCUGCCCGCCACGGCCACCGCUGCGUCCAACGUGACUUCGGCACAGCAGGAUGGAGGUCUGCAGCCGGCCCUCUCCCUCAGCCCUCCCUUCCUCUCCGGCGUCCACUUGACCCCCUACCUGGCCGAGGCCGUAGCCGGAACGGGCGGGCACGGCGCCCACAGUCCGCUGCUCCAACACAUGGUGCUCAUGGAGCAGAGCCCGGCACAGAGCCCCCUGGUGACAGGUGUGAGCGGCCUGUCCAUGUCGCCGGCAGCAUCCAUGGCCAAGCUGCAGCGGCAGCACCGGCCCCUGGGGCGGACCCAGUCGGCCCCUCUGCCCCAGGGGAGCGCCGCGCAGGCUCACGCCCAGGCCCUGGCCCUGCAGCAGCUGGUGGUCCAGCAGCAGCACCAGCAGUUCCUGGAGAAGCACAAGCAGCAGUUUCAGCAGCAGCAGCUCCACCUGAACAAGAUGAUGACCAAGCCCAGCGAGUCGCCCGUGGGCCGCCAGCACCAGAGUCACCCGGAGGAGACGGAGGAGGAGCUGAGGGAGCACCAGGACGGAGGAGCUCUGCCGCCGGGGGUCACCAUCAAGCAGGAGCCUCCCGACCCGCAGGAGCUGCAGGAGGAGGCGCUGCAGCAGCAUCAGCAGCACAGGGAGCGGGAGCAGGAGCUCCUCUUCAGACAGGUAGAGGACGGGGAGUUCAAACAGGCCCUGUUGUUGGAGCAGCAGCGGAUUCAUCAACUGAGAAACUAUCAGGCCUCCAUGGAGGCUGCCGGCCUGUCCAUCGCCUUCCCAGGACACCGCCCCCUGUCCAGGGCCCAAUCGUCUCCGGCCUCGGCCUCGUCCUUCCCGAUCAGCGUCCCUGCCCCCGAUCCCCCCGUCAAACCUCGCUUCACCACAGGCCUGGUGUACGACUCUCUCAUGCAGAAGCACCAGUGUAUGUGUGGGAACACCAACAGCCACCCGGAGCACGCCGGCCGCAUUCAGAGCAUUUGGUCUCGGCUGCAGGAGACGGGACUCAGAGCGCAGUGUGAGUGUAUCCGUGGGAGGAAGGCCACUCUGGAGGAGCUGCAGACGGUUCACUCUGAAGCCCACGUCCUGCUGUACGGGACCAACCCUCUCCGACAGAAACUUGAUUGUUCAGUCACUCCCAUGUUCGUACGUCUACCGUGUGGAGGGGUGGGGGUGGACAGCGACACCAUUUGGAACGAGGUCCACUCCUCCAGCGCGGCUCGACUCGCCGUCGGCUCUGUGGUGGAGCUGGUGUUCAAAGUGGCCACCGGGGAGCUGAAGAAUGGUUUCGCUGUGGUCCGCCCUCCUGGACACCACGCAGAGGAGAGCACUCCCAUGGGUUUCUGCUACUUUAACUCCGUGGCCAUCGCAGCCAAACUGCUGCAGCAGAGACUCAGCGUCAACAAGAUCCUCAUCGUGGACUGGGACGUUCAUCACGGCAACGGCACCCAGCAAGCGUUCUACGACGACCCCAACGUCCUUUACCUGUCCAUUCACCGAUACGACGACGGCAACUUCUUCCCUGGAAGUGGAGCGCCUGACGAGGUGGGCAGCGGGCCCGGAGUCGGGUUCAACGUCAACGUGGCCUUCACUGGAGGCCUCGAUCCACCCAUGGGAGAUGUGGAGUACCUGGCAGCCUUCAGGUCAGUGGUGAUGCCCAUCGCCAACGAGUUUGCCCCGGACAUCGUGCUGGUCUCCUCUGGCUUCGACGCUGUGGAGGGACACCCUCCCCCGCUGGGCGGCUACAAUUUGACGUCCAAAUGUUUCGGCUAUCUGACCAGGCAGCUGAUGACCCUCGCUGGAAGCCGGGUGGUCCUGGCUCUGGAGGGGGGGCACGACCUCACUGCCAUCUGCGACGCCUCUGAGGCCUGCGUGGCCGCCCUGCUUGGCCAGGAGCUGGACCCGCUGCCGAAGGCCGUCCUGGAGCAGAGGCCCAACCCCAACGCCGUUCACUCUCUGGAGAAAGUUUUAGAGACUCACAGUAAGUACUGGUGCUCGGUGCAGCGCUGCUCUCCGCUGCUGGGACUCUCUCUGCUGGAGGCCAAACGAGGAGACUCGGAAGAGGCCGAAGCCGUCAGCGCCAUGGCCUCUCUGUCUGUGGCCAACACCAGCGCCAUGGAUCAAAGGACAGAGGAGGAGCCCAUGGAGGAGGAGGAACCACUGUAACAGAGGGAAACAUGAGGGUGUCACACUGUUACCUUUGACCUCUCCGGAGAAGAGUCUCGACUGAUUCCCUUCAUUUAGUCCCCCUAACCCCACUCACCACGUCGGUCACAUUGAUUGGCGGCCCCUCGGCCAAAAAAAAACAAAACGAGGGAGAGAGGGGGGUGGGCUCUGCCUCAAGAAUAGGGAGCCAAUCAGGAGACAGAGGACUGAAUUGGAAAAAAAAUUAAACAUAACAGCGCUGCUUGGCGGCACUCGCUCAGAGACACUCAUUUUUUUCUGUUAGUCUUCGUAGCCGCCGCCGUCAGCCCACGGUGGCCAAGGCAGUGGGGAGAGGGCGAGCAUAUAUUGGAGUUGGGGGGG